AUGUCAAAUGAAAAUUAAUAGGAGUAGCCUCACUCUUCUAAUUCUGCGUAUUCAGCUGCGGGGUAGUUCUCGAGGGAGAACCCUAAUUCUUCGACGAGGGUAGCUCAAAGCAGCAGUAAGCAUAAGCAGAGGGGGGAAAUUUAGCAAAGAAAAAAACCGAUUAUCACGAGCAAGAGAGGCAUGCUUGAAAUUCAGCCUUAGGUAAGCAAUUUCAAUCGCCAAUAAUUAGCAAAGGGAGAUGAGGAAAUCAGGGAUGUAAGCGCUGAUCGAGUCCUUUCUGAUUCCUACUCUAAUAAAAUGACUGCGAUGAAUGGGGUAAAUACUGGAGGGGACUAUUUCAUGAAAAAAUAAAGCGAUUCUUAAGAAUAUAUAGAGUCUGUUUACUCAAAGAACAAUCAUAAUCUUAUUGACAUUAUGGAAGACUUUGAUCAACUAGAUGCUAGUCUGGGGGAAAGUGAUAAGAGCAAGGCCAAGGAAUUCAUUAUAAAGAAGAUCUAGCGAAACCCUAGCAAUGUGCAGAUGUCUCAGUAGCAGCAGUAACAACAGUACAAUAAGAAUUUGCAGAACAUAAACAUUAGAAACUUCAAUAAUAGUCAUGAAAUUGCCAAUGAUGAGGGCAGAUAGCAAUAACAAUAGAACUAAGCUCAGCAACAGUAAUAGCAAUAAUAUCAACAGAAUUAAUAGCAAGUGUAACAAUAAUUCAGGCAGAGCCAGCAAUCCUGGAUCAAGCCUUCAAGAUAAAUGUCCAAACGACAACAGAUAAGAAAUUAGCACAGCGUUAAGGAAAAUUAGGUUACGCGGAAUCAAUAAUCAUAAUUUUAAGAAGGGCAAUAUUUUUCCAACAGUAAUUAAUAAAACCCAUAUUAAUAACAGUAAUAUAAUGGAACCUAGAAAAACCAGCCAAUCAAGAAGCAGACUACUCAUGGGAACGAGAGUAGCCUUUAGCAGCAUACUGAUAAUAUAAAGAGCUAAUAGAAGCGGGUAGCCAGAAAUACUGUCUAUGGUGUUUCAUUUCUUGAUUAGGGCAAAUAAAAUCAAGGAAGUCUUGUAAAUGCAGAAUAUGAGUAGAUGAGCAAGGUAGGGAGUAGAGCUAGUGCUAUGAGAUCCUAUCACAGAUAACUAAAACAAUCCAUAGGAGGAGGAAAUCAAGUAACGCCUCUGAAUAUUAAUACCAAUCACCUUGUCCACCAGCAGGCUUAGUUUCAGUACGGUGCAAGGCCCUCUGAAUCAUAAUAAAGAAUGAGGAUGCAUCGUUUGAACUCUGCAAUGGAGGAGUAAGAUAACUCUGCUAUCCGCUCCUAGGUUACUGCACUGCCAUAGACCGAAGACUAAGAUUUUCAACAAGUAAGCUCGAGUAAUGCCAACAAGAGAGCUAUCCACUAAUCUUAGAGUUCGUCGAAUUUCCCAUAGCCGAGAGCUUUUAAUAGCAGCUAUAAUUAAGUAAAUAAUAACAAUUAUGCAAGUUUUGGAUAAAGUCAACAGCAAAUAAAUAGUGGAGGAUAAUCUAUGCAGAAUGAACAGGCUUUUCGAAUUUCUAUUAAUAAAGAGGAUAAAGUUAAGAAUCACCUGACGAAGGAUGUCAACCCAAAUCUGAAUCUAAUGUUUUAUGACUUCAACGAUUAUGGUCAAACAUCUAAAGGAAGAGACUCUUCCUCUAAUCAGCAGCCAGCCCUGUAAUCCUAGAGCUAAUAAAGGACACAUCAACAACCUAUAGGGGACAGACUUCCCUCAAGAUAAAACUAAACCAGAGGAAGCCGGCGAGGACCCAGAGACUCUCAGACUAAAUUUUAUGAUUAAAUCACGAAUAUGAACAGUGAUUUUAGUCAGAGACUGGGCAGUCCUUUUCCAAAUUUUCAAAAGAGGACUAAGGUCAUUUUACCCAGCAUACAGCACCCAAGCGGUAUGACUGGACAGUCGCAAUCUCAACUGUCAAAUAACCCCAAGAGUAGUAAUAUGCACGGUGGAGGUCAUCAUCAUAAUCCUCACCAUCACAAGUCUCAGAAUAGCCAUCAUUCUCCGAAGAGAAAUGCCUCUAUUGGAAUAGUAAUGGAGAUGAUAAACGAAGAGGAUCCUUGA